AUGAGUGGGGGCCGCUUCGACUUUGAUGAUGGAGGGGCGUACUGCGGGGGCUGGGAGGGGGGGAAGGCCCAUGGGCAUGGGCUCUGCACAGGCCCCAAGGGCCAGGGCGAGUACUCCGGCUCCUGGAACUUUGGCUUUGAAGUGGCCGGCGUCUAUACCUGGCCCAGCGGAAACACCUUUGAGGGCUACUGGAGCCAGGGCAAGCGGCACGGGCUGGGAGUAGAGACCAAGGGGCGCUGGUUCUACAAGGGCGAGUGGACGCAUGGCUUCAAGGGCCGCUAUGGCAUCCGGCAGAGCAGCAGCAGCGGUGCCAAGUACGAGGGAACCUGGAACAACGGCCUGCAGGACGGCUAUGGCACAGAGACUUACGCCGAUGGAGGGACAUACCAAGGCCAGUUCACCAACGGCAUGCGCCACGGAUACGGCGUGCGCCAGAGUGUGCCUUACGGCAUGGCCGUGGUGGUGCGCUCGCCUUUGCGCACGUCGCUCUCGUCCCUGCGCAGCGAGCACAGCAAUGGCACUGUGGCUCCCGACUCGCCCACAUCGCCCGCUGCCGACGGCCCGGUGCUGCCCUCGCCCACCAUCCCGCGAGGCGGCUUUGCGCUCAGCCUGCUGGCCAACGCCGAGGCAGCGGCACGGGCGUCCAAGAGCGGCGGCCUCUUCCCGCGCGGCGCGCUGUUGGGUAAGCUGCGGCGGGCCGAGUCCCGCGCGUCCCUGGGCAGCCAGCGCAGCCGGGUCAGCUUCCUCAAGAGCGACCUCAGCUCGGGCGCCAGCGACGCUGCCUCCACCGCCAGCCUGGGCGAGGGCGCCGAAGGCGUGGAUGAAGCUGCACCCUUCGAGGCCGACAUCGACGCCACCACAACGGAGACCUACAUGGGCGAGUGGAAGAACGACAAGCGUUCAGGCUUCGGCGUGAGCGAGCGCUCCAGCGGCCUCCGCUACGAGGGCGAGUGGCUGGACAAUCUGCGCCAUGGCUACGGCUGCACCACGCUGCCCGACGGCCACCGCGAGGAAGGCAAGUACCGCCACAACGUGCUGGUCAAGGACACGAGGCGCCGCAUGCUGCAGCUCAAGAGCAACAAGGUCCGGCAGAAGGUGGAGCACAGCGUGGAGGGCGCCCAGCGCGCGGCUGCCAUCGCGCGCCAGAAGGCCGAGAUCGCCGCCUCCAGGACAAGUCACGCCAAGGCCAAAGCUGAGGCCGCGGAGCAGGCUGCACUCGCUGCCAACCAGGAGUCCAACAUCGCCCGCGCCUUGGCCCGGGAGCUGGCUCCGGACUUCUACCAACCAGGUCCCGAGUAUCAGAAGCGCAGACUGCUCCAGGAGAUCCUGGAGAACUCGGAGAGCCUGCUGGAGCCGCCGGAGCGGGGCGCCGCGGGUCUCCCCGCGCGGCCCCGCGAGAGCCCGCAGCUGCACGAGCGCGAGACCCCUCGGCCCGAGGGCGGCCCCCCGUCACCGGCCGGGACGCCCCCACAGCCCAAGCGACCCCGACCCGGCGCGUCCCAGGACGGUCUGCUGGGCCCCGGCGCCUGGAACGGCGAGUCCGGCGGCGAGGGCAGCCGGCCGGCCACCCCGGCGGGCCCCGGCCGCCGCAGCCCCUCGCGCCCGGCCAGCGAGCACAUGGCCAUCGAAGCGCUGCAGGCGCCACCCGCGCCGUCGCGAGAGCCCGAGGUGGCCCUGUACCGCGGCUAUCACAGCUACGCCGUGCGCACCACGCCGUCCGCGCCGCCGCCCUUCGACGACGAGCCCCAGCCUGAAGCCGCCGGACCCGACUCAGCGCCCACGUCCCCGGCCGCCGCCGCUCCCGGCCCAGCCCCGGCGCUCCGGAACCCCGAGCCUACGCCCGAGACCCCGGCCAAGUUGGAACCCAAGCCCAUCGUGCCCAAAGCCGAGCCCAAGGCCAAGGCCCGCAAGACUGAGGCCCGAGGGCUGACCAAGGCCGGGGCCAAAAAGAAAGCCCGGAAGGAGGCGGUGCAGGCGGCAGAGACGGAGGUGGAGGUGGAGGAGGUGCCCAACACCGUCCUCAUCUGCAUGGUGAUCCUGCUGAACAUUGGCCUGGCCAUCCUCUUUGUGCACCUGCUGACCUGAGCCUUGCUCACCAGAACCGGGAGGAGUCUGCUGGAGAUGCCAGGACCAUCGUUGCACCUUGCCUCACCGGUGGCCCAGGAGGACUGAACUCUGGACCUGCAACUUUGGGCCAGCUUGCGUCCAUACACAGAUGUUUAAGGAGACCUCCUGUGGCACCUCUGCUUGGUGACUGUGUCCUGAAGGAUAGAAUGUGCUAGAACUCUGCAGGAGGUCCCAGUCCCCAUCCUCCUCCACUGUUCUCUCACCCCCGCCUGACCCAGGUCACCCCUUCUUGGGCUUUUGUGUAUUUCCGGACAAGUCACCUAGAUGCUCAUGAUAUACCUCCUCCUUCCUUCACCCUUUCGCCUCUGCACUUGAGACCUCCUGGGAAAGCCGGGAGGCAGAGGGACUGAAGUGGGCCAGGGAGCUCCCUCUCCCCAGACUACUGUAACCUUGGCCCAGCAUGCACCAUGCCCCUGGCUGAUGGACAUCUGGGUGAGGCUCAGCAGGACCGGCCAAGGGUAGAGUGCUCCCUGACCUUCCGUUGCCAGAAGCAGGAAACUUCAGCCUGGAAGCUGGGAGCCAGGUGGUUGGCACCAGGAGGGCUGAACAGUGCUGGAAGAAAUGUUGGGGUGCAGUUCUGGUGGCCUCUAAGAGUGAGACUACAAACUUAGGGUCACUAUUGCAGGAGCCCUGCACAACAAGAUCACUGCGGUGCCCUGAGGCAGGUGCCCACCUCAGGCUGGGUGCUAGGGAAAUUUCCCAAGAAGAGAGAAGCAGGUCUAGCGAUCCAGCUGGGUGUGGUUUGUGUGGCACAAAACCCCUUGGGUUUGCUUGGCAAAGGGUGAUCAUGCAUGUCCCUCAUUACAGAUGUUUGGUCUCACACGGGGUCUCUGGUUUCUCAGGUGCUGGGGAGGGGGAGGAGCUGAGUGCUAUUGUUCUGGACCCCAGGAAGCUGGAGGGAAAGGGCUUCCGGACCCCUCCACAGGGAGGCA